AUGCGGCUGUCCAUUCAGCAAGUAUGUUGGCUGGCUUUGAGCUCCGUUUUUCCAGUUGUCGUGGCUCAAACCUCUAGCCCUGACGGUGCGGUCCAUCCAGGACAGCCGGCGAAUUGCAACGGAUGGCAUACCGUCGUUUCUGGUGACAAUUGUCAGACUGUGUCCCAGCGUUACGGUAUCUCACUGAGUCAAUUCUUCGAAUGGAAUCCCGCCGUUUCCUCUGACUGCCUCAACAAUUUCUGGCUCGAUUCGGCCUACUGUGUGAGGAUCGGAGAUAUCAAUACCAGACCCAGCAGCUCCGCCGGUGCAACCUCAAACCCCACGUCCACAUCGACGUCUAUGGUCACGUCACAAACGACCAUUACCUCAAACUCUGCAACACCAACUACUUCUUACAACUCGACAUACUCAGUCUUGCACCCAGUCACCUCUUGGAACGUGUCGACCACGAGUACUGACAAGACGUGGCCGCCUACCCAGACGCUCGCGGGUCAGACUGCAAUAUGCAAUGCGUGGCAUCGCGUUGUCCCUGGUGAUACAUGUCAGCGAAUGCUUGACAAAUAUGGCCUGAAGUCCAUGGACGAUUUUUUGAGUUGGAAUCCCGCGGCCAAGGAGGACUGUGAGAUGCUCAUCGCCGACUACUGGGUGUGCGUCGGGGUGCAGCGGCAGAUGGGUAACACGGAUCUCGAAUGGGAAACGGCUCAGCCUGAGUUUACCGCGCCUCCAGAGCCCACCAAGUACACACCCGUUACGCUGCCCGCAGCUGACUCGAGCUUCGCACCGAUCCCGUCUCAUGGGCCUAUGCCGAUCGACUGUAAAGUUUACCACAGGGCCACAGCUGACCAGAACUGCAAUGACAUUGUCAAACUGUACAACUACUUUUCACAGGAGCAGUUCUUGUCGUGGAACCCAGCUCUUGACGGCAAUUGUCUGGGUCUUUGGUUGGAUACGUGGUAUUGUGUUGGCGCAUAUGCGGAUGACAAUCUCCCACUGCCUGCACACCAGACCACCAAGCCAACCGAGGGCAACGUCCCUCUGGGAUACCCCAAUGAUUGCGCGCGAUGGUAUCAGACAACUUUCGACGACACGUGCGACCUUAUCGUACUUAUGUUUGGCAGUUUCAGCAUGGCCGAUUUUGUCAAGUGGAAUCCGACUGUCUUCCGUGAUUGCAGCGGCAUCAUUUUGGAUGCAUGGUACUGUAUAGGUCGCCCGGAUACGCCGAUAACACGUACCCCAGGCGCACCAUGGCCGACGCAGUUGACAACGUCGAUGCCGAUGACUACGUCUACCAAGCCAUCAUCAACUGCAACAGGAGCGCCGCAGCCUGUGCAGACACCUUCGCCUGUCCGUGAAGGCAUGACGAAAGAUUGCGUGCGAUUUCACCUACAGCAGCCUGACGAGUUUUGCUGGGCGAUGGCGUCCGGUGCUGGUAUCUCCUUGACCCAAUUCUACGAGUGGAACCCCGCUGUCGGUGACGAUUGUCAAAAUCUGUGGCCGGAUUAUUACUAUUGUACCGGUGUGUGAAAGCCCGGGCGACUCUGGGAGAGGGAUGACUCGGAGGCGAGCUGCACCGGCAUGAAACUUUGCGCCCUGAUAAGAAAUGAAAAUGAUAUUGCAUGUAGUGUGUGGAGUGGCCUGAUUGUCAAGAUGGAGUGUUCCGUCCCGCGGACCUCGGGAUCAAUCAUAUCUUGCCUAGCGGCUUUUAGCGUCAUUCAAAUAGAUUGCGUUCCUGCGCAACUUCCCUACUGUCGUCUCAUGCUCGGCACAAAUCGCACCGCCGAUGAUGUGAAAUCGCUUUGCGCUGCAUCCUCCGGGUCCGGCCAAGGCCACUGCUAAGCCCGACUGUAUCCAUGAUUGUGCAGGCUCGUUGGUCGAAUACAUCAUCGCAUUAGCUCCAUGGCAGCGGUGUAGGACUAGCCGAAGAAUGAA